GGUCGGUGUGUGGGCGCUCAUCCCCUUUCUUGUAGGGUCCGGAAUAGCUGCUGGGGGCACCGGGAUCCUGUGGGUCGGCUGCUAGAAGCCUUAUUCAUACAAAGGUGCCUUUUUUUGCAACGGGAUGAUUUUUUAACCAAAUUGUAUCACCUGUAAAGAAUUUUCAUGUGAUUCUUGGAAACCUGCUGCAGAGUCUUCACUAUCUGCUAUUCAGUCCUGUUUUCUUCUCCUUUCAGCAGUUUCUUUUUUGAACAGCAAACGGAGGGAACUGCUCGCAUUGCUGCUGCUGCUGCUCCAGCUGCGUGUGUGUGUGUGUAAACAGGAUGGUGUAUCUGUAGCUGCCACGCGCAAACACACAUUUGACCAUGAGGACUCUUCGCAGGUUGAAGUUCAUGAGUUCGCCCAGCCUCAGUGAUCUGGGCAAGAGAGAGCAGGCAGCCUUGGAUGAGCGGGGGACCCAGCAGCGACGGGCCUGCUCCAACGCUACCUGGAACAGUAUCCACAAUGGAGUAAUUGCCGUGUUCCAGCGUAAGGGUCUCCCGGACCAUGAACUUUACAACCUCAAUGAAGGAGUCAGGCAAUUAUUGAAAACAGAACUGGGAUCCUUUUUCACUGAAUAUUUACAGAAUCAGCUGCUCACAAAAGGCAUGGUGAUCCUAAGGGACAAGAUCCGGUUUUAUGAAGGGCAGAAACUACUGGAUACCUUAGCUGAAACCUGGGAUUUUUUCUUCAGUGAUGUCCUACCCAUGCUGCAGGCUAUUUUCUAUCCUGUGCAGGGGAAGGAGCCCUCGGUUCGGCAGCUGGCUCUUCUACACUUUAGGAAUAUAAUUACCCUCAAUAUUAAAUUGGAAGAUGCAUUAUCACGUUCCAGAGCAAGAGUUCCACCUUCUAUUAUUCAGAUGCUAUUAAUACUCCAGGGGGUUCAUGAGUCAAAAGGUGUGACUGAAGAUUAUUUGAAACUGGAAUCCCUGAUCCAGAAAGUGGUUUCACCUUAUUUAGGAACAUAUGGCCUGUAUUCCAGCGAUGGACCCUUCACACACUCCUCCUGUAUUUUGGAGAAGAGGUUCUUCAGGCGCUCCAAGUCGGGUGACAUCCUCGCCAAGAACCCCGUGGUGCGAUCAAGAAGUUACAAUAAUCCAUUGUUGACACCAGUAGCUGAGUAUGAAACUGAGGGCAUGGCUGCCAAUGGAACAGGCAUCCGAAGGCACUCUGUUUCAGAAAUGACCUCCUGCCUAGAGCUCCAGGGGUACUCCAGCCUCACCACCAUAAUGGACAAUGGAUCCAAGAACUCCAUGACAGCCACGAAAAACUCGCGGUCAGGAGAUCAGGAAAGGUCAAGUGCUGGGUCAGUGGAAUGCUCUGGCAAGCUCGGCACAGCUGAGCAACAGAAAGGACUCUUCCACUUGAUGGAUGACCCACACAGGUCUUUUGAGUUGGACAGGGACCCAUCCUUGAUUCCAGUUCCUUCUUCUAGCCCUGAGAACAUAGUGGAUCAGAUUUUAGAGUCGAUUGACUCUGAUUCUGAAGGCAUUUUUAUUGAUUUUGGCCGAGGCUGUUCCAAUUCAGCCUACAAUGUGGACGUGAACAGACAGAGCAUCAUGUGAAGGACAUCGGGAUACAGACCUUGGGUUUUAAUACUAUAUAUGAAAACUUCUAACAUGUUGAGCCAGACUGUGCACAAACUAUGUAUGUCUAGGGCAGAACCUCUGUUGUAGGUUAUCACAGCUGUAUUGAAGUAUAUAAACACAACAGUUUACAACAAGCGGGAAUCUGCUGCAGGGGAGAAGAAACCCCAACCACUUCUCCAUGUCCCCACCACUGCAGUCUGAUUUCUUACUUUCUUUCUAAACUUAGGGAUUCACAAACUGACAAGUGUCUGCUAAAAUGCUGUUAGUGCAACUGGCAGUGUUUAUUCAGUAAUACAGCCUAGUAAAUUACUGUUUUCACUAUUAACUUUCUCAAGAGAUUGCUGUAGAAGGGCAGGUUGUCCUCUGAACUGUAAAACAUCAGCCAGAGCACAAAACGAUAUCCUUAAAAAAAAAAAAAAAAAAAAAAAAAAGUCUGUGGCCCUUCAUGCCACAGAAUAUGGUAAUAAAGAAGUCUCUUUUAACCUUUUCUUGUACAUCUUGUAUGCACUCCUUUGCCCAACAGUGAGUUAGAGUUCUUGAAGAAAGGCAAAUAAACAGAAAUGUGCUACCUGAUGUCAUGCAAUGCCUGUUGUUCUGUUUCACAGCCCAUGCCUUGUGUCUGUAAGAGUUGUCAUGAAACUGGUUUUUAAGACUGUGUUAGUUUGCUCUAAAUAUGGCACUUUCAAGAAAUCUGCAUACUGCUGACUUAUGGAGCAUCCAUUGUAUGGAGAGAUUCCAGCAGAAUUCAACUUGUUUCCUAAAUAAAUAAAAAUAUGGCCUCUCAGUGGAAA